AUGGUGUUGGCCAAAGCCGUUUACGGACGCACUAAGCUGCUCUGCGCGCCGCGCUGCCUGCAGACAGGAAGAGACAAGAGCAUCAGCAAAGAGGACCGCACCGAAUAUGAGCGCCUGUGGGUGCUGUUUUCCAGCAGCAUGGAGCUGCUGGAGGUGGACAUGAAACGCUCUCUGGAGAUAGGGCAGGAUUUCCCGCUUAAGGUCCCCACUAGGCACCUGAUCCAGACGGGCAUGACGGGCAGCACAACGACAGUGGCAGCCCGGGCCAUGAGCGUUCAGAACAUGAAAUAUGAGGCGGACAGCAACAUUGACACGGCAGACCUGAGGGAGCUACAGUGCGAGAUCGGCCAGGUGAGCCAGAUGAUGGAGGAGAUGGAGAUGAAGGUGCAGGUGGCUCCAUGGGCAGUGGAGGCCAAGCAAGAGGCGGGCGCAGAGCUCAAGUCCAAUAUGAGCGUUGGGAAUUCCUCGGUAGGAGUCAUCUCCAUCUGCGAAGAAGAGCCCAAAGAAGAGGACGGGGGCGGAGGGGGUCAAGGCUCGGGGUUGGGCUCCAUCUGCGCGGUCUUGGCUUUCUUCGUCAUUGUUGGUGUGGCUGGUGUGCUUGGGUAUCUAGUGAUUAACAUGUCCUAA